GGACAGCCCGAUUUAUAGUGUACCACAUAAGAGCAUGUGCUGAGGUUUCACGUUUCAGGUCAUUCUCCUUAAAAUAAUGGCCUUCUGCGUUUUUUUGGUUUAAUAAAGGCUACGCCAUUGGCAGGGACAAAAUGGGAUCAGAGCCAAAAUGUGAGUGUGUUCUCUGCCAGUGUCUGUAUCAGAUUUAAGACGCAUGCUUCUGGCUUCCAUGAAGGCUGUGAAAAAAAGUUUCAAUGCAGAGUUGGAUUACAGCUCUCCGUGGCUCAAAACAUUGGCUGUUAAUACUGCCGUCUUUAAAGGAAGCUGUAACAUGGAGCACCAAGAAAUCCCAGCAGAUUUUAACCUUUUCUGGAUCACAAAUGAGUAUUGAUUUUCUUCUCUCUUUUUUCUUGAGAUGGAUUGAGUUUUUGAACUGGAAUCACUUUUUUGGCAUUUGGAAACAUUUGUCUACUCUUUUAUAUUUUUGAAUCUCAACAAGUAUCAACAGGAAAGAAAUGACAUUGUUUAUGUGAAUUCCACUCUUUUUAAAAAAACCCACAACAAAACCCGGCAGUUGUUUACUUCUGAUGUAUAUUUGUCAAGUCUACAGCAGAUGGAGAGAAAUGAUCUGGUGGUGCAUUUAAAAAAAUGAACGGUCCAUAAAGAAAUGUAUUUUGAAACUAUUCUUUUUCCAGCUGUGUGAUACUAACUGUGUAGCAAAGUGUGGCUGUUAAACACAAGGAUGUACAAGCCGUGGAUAGUGGUAAACAUAAUCAUUGUGUUUUGCCUUCAUCUGCUGCGAGGAUCUGAAUAUGGAUCUGUAAAGAGAACAGCACUUUCCGCCUUGGAAUGGUCAGAACAACAGAUUAGGAAGGCAGCCAGUCUAGAAGAACUCCUUCGAAUUACCCACUCCGAGGACUGGAAGCUGUGGAAGUGCCGGUUAAAACUCAAGAGUGUAGCUGCCUUGGAUUCAAAAUCUGCCUCACAUCGCUCCACAAGAUUUGCAGCUGCAUUCUAUGAUAUUGAGAUGCUCAAAGUUAUAGAUGAGGAGUGGCAAAGGACCCAGUGUGUCCCACGAGAGACCUGUAUAGAAGUGGCCAAAGAGUUGGGUGCAGGCACCAAUAAGUUCUUCAAGCCUCCUUGUGUGAAUGUCUACAGAUGUGGAGGAUGCUGCAAUGAAGAGAACCUCAGCUGUAUGAACACUAGCACCUCUUAUGUGUCCAAAAUGCUUUUUGAGAUUUCUGUACCUUUAACAAAUGUGCCAGACCCAAUUGAAGUCAAAAUUGCAAACCACACAGGAUGUAAGUGCCUAACAAAUAUGCAGCGCCAAUCAUAUUCUGUUAUACGAAGAUCUGUUCAGGAUCCAGAGGACGAUCGCUGCCCCCACAUAAACAGAUUGUGUCACGAAGGAUGGAUUUGGGAUAGCAGUAAAUGUGAAUGCAUUAUUGACAAAGAACAUCCUGGAAUAAGGGAAGGACUCCCUUCACUUGCUGAACUUGCAAUGUGUGCACCAAAUAUGGACUUUGACGAGGAAAGCUGUGAGUGCAACUGUAAAUGGAAGUGCUCUGGGAAUUUAUUUCAGAACAAAGAGAACUGCAGCUGUUACUUGUGCACAGAGAGCCAGGAAAGCUGUUUUCAGAAACACAAGACAUUUAAUGCAGAAACUUGCAGUUGUGAAGAGAAAUGCCCAUUCCAGUCCAGAAUGUGUCCAACUACUCGACCAACGUGUUCAAGGCACUGCCGUUGCCUGAGGGGAGGAAGAGUCCCACAUGGGUCCCAAAGCAGAGAAAACCCUUAGCUGAGCUUAUAUCUCCUGUAUCAAAUACCACACUGCUUUGCAAAGUAGUUGCCUGUCACUGGCUUUUAAAUAAUAGUAAUCAUGGCUAUAUGGUUGACCGUACUGAUAGAAACACAGCAUCCUGUGUAUAUUCAUUAAGAAGGUGGAUCUGCAAGGACGUUGACAUUUAGCCACAGACCUCUGCUACACAAAAAAUCUUUAUUUUGUAAAGAGCCCCUAAAAAGGACCUGAAUCAAUUGCUGUUGUUGUUUGGAAAAGAAAUUGGUGUGGCUGAAAUGGUGAGAAUUGUCACCCUGCCGCUUGGAAAUGCUGAAAUCUGUCAAUUGAUAUGCCUUUAGAGUAACGUUUUCAGGCCUGUGAAAGGCCUUUUCUCAAAUACAAUCAACACUGAAUAUUUGAUCUACUGUUCAUAUUUUUUUAGUACUUGAUUUAUUGUAUAACUACUGCCUGAUGUGACAUAUUUAAAAUGUAUAUAGGUAAUAAAGGCAUUGAUUAUU